AUGGUGUUGGACUUAAGAAAGAACAAUUUCACAGGGAAUCUUCCUCCAUUAUGUGCACACAGCACUUCAUUGAGUACCAUUGUCGUAAAUGGUAAUCGAUUUGAAGGACUUGUUCAUGUGUCGUUGCUCAAGUGUAAUGGUCAACAAGUCCUUGAUGUGGGGAACAAUGCUAUAAAUGACACAUUUCCAGCUUGGCUCAGAAUUCUUCAAGAGCUGCAGGUCCUUAUAUUAAAGUCGAACAAGCUCCAUGGACCUACAAGUACUUGGCAGACUAAGUUUUGCUUUCCCAAGUUGCGAAUUUUUGAUCUUUCUCGUAAUGAUUUCAGUGGCUCACUUCCUGCAAAAGUUUUUGGAAACUUCAAGGCAAUGAUUAAAUUAGAGGGUGAAGACACGGAAGAGAUCAAGUACAUGGAGUUGAAUUCGUCAUUUGACGCAUCGUAUGAGGAUUCAGUGAGUUUGGUGAUCAAAGGGAGGGAUAUUGAGCUAGAAAGAAUCAGCACAAUUAUGACAACCAUAGAUCUCUCAAGCAACCAUUUUGAAGGUGUCAUUCCAAAAACACUAAAGGAUCUCAGCUCACUUUGGCUACUCAAUUUAUCCCAUAACAAUCUCAGAGGUCAUAUUCCAAUGGAAUUGGGGCAAUUGAAUACGCUUGAAGCUUUAGAUCUCUCCUGGAAUCAGCUCACUGGAAAGAUUCCACAGGAAUUGACAAGAUUGAACUUUCUGUCCUUCUUGAACGUCUCUCAAAAUCAUCUCAUUGGACCAAUUCCUCAAGUUCGACAAUUCAACACAUUUGAAAAUGACUCAUAUGGUGGCAACCUUGAUUUAUGUGGUCUUCCUUUAACAAAGAAAUGUGGAACGAGUGAUUCAUCGCAUGUUCCUCAACAAUUGGAGUCCGAAGAAGAAGGCGAGUCAUAUUUUUUUAGUGGAUUUACUUGGGAAUCAGUUGUCAUAGGCUACAGCUGUGGACUAGUUGUUGGAACUGUCAUGUGGAGUCUCAUGUUUAAAUAUCGUAAGCCAAAAUGCAUCUUCCAACUCCAUCAUCUCCAGGCACUAAACCUUGCCUACAAUGACUUUAAUCCUUCUUCGAUCCCACAUAACAUUGGCCGAUUGAGGUAUCUCAACCUUUCAUGGUCUUCCUUUGAUGGAAAAAUCCCUACAGAAAUCUCAUAUCUUUCCAAUUUGGUUUCACUUCAUCUCUCUGGUUAUGAUUUACAACUUGAUGAGAGAACAUUUGAAACAAUGCUUCACAACUUCACAAAUCUGGAGUUACUAGCUCUCCCUCUUGUUGACAUCUCAUCUCCGAUACCUGUAAAUAUUUCUUCUUCCUCCUUAUGGUACGUGGAUCUUACAGUAACCAAUUUGCGAGGUGUUCUCACAGAGAGCUUUUUCCUUCAGCCAAACUUGGAGAAUCUCAACUUGGGUGAUAACAGUCUUCUCAAAGGAGUUUUACCAAAGAUCCACCCGAGCAACACUCUGUUAAAGUUGGAUAUUUCAUUCACAGGAAUAUCCGGUGAGCUACCUGAUUCAAUUGGCACCUUGAGUUCCUUGAAUUACUUGAACCUCCAUGGAUGUGACUUCUCUGGUCACAUCCCUGAUUCCAUUGGCAACCUAAUCCAAAUUAGGGAGUUGUGGUUUUGGGGUAAUCGUUUCACUGGCCAUAUUCCUUCAACAAUCUCUAAAUUGAAGCACCUCACACGUUUAGAUCUUCCGUCCAACUCAUUUUCAGGUGAAAUUCAUGACGUUUUCUCUAACCUCCAACAGCUACGCUAUUUUGAUCUUUCUGAUAACAGCUUCAUCGGUCCAUUCCCCUCUUCAAUUUUAAGAGAGAUGUUGAUGGAAAGUUAG